CGCCAUUUUGUAUUGUGUUGGCAGUGUUUCCGCUGAUUGACAACAAAUGACAGGCGUUGCGUUUUCCCUGUUUGGAAUAUACAUCUCUCGUAUCUUCACCACCAUCAACGCAAAGUCCUGCAAUUUCCGUGAAACCGGAUAUUUAUGAUUUGUUGGUUCACUGAUCAUGUCCGGCGUUGACAAGGAGAAUGAAGAUGUAACAGAAAACCCACACCCUGAAGAUGAAGCAGAAGUUUACCUUCCAGAGGGAGCUGAAGGUGAAGAUGGUGCAGAAGGACAGGACAGGAAUGAGGCUGAGAGUGAGGAUAGCAUAGAGGAGGGUACAGAGGCUGAGCUGGAGGCAGAGGAUGAGGCAGGAGCUCAUCAGGUUGUUGCCGAGUCAGUGGCUGACAAUCAAGAUGAGAAGAGCCAAACUGAAACAGGGGAGGAAGCAGAUUCUGACUCUGAAACAGAGGAUUUUGUUAUGCCAACAGCUGAAGGGGCAUCCCUUGUAGAAGGACAGCAAAAUAGGAACUAUGAAGAAAGGGGAGAUAAUCGUAAUGAAGGAGUAGACCCAAGCUAUUCUACUGGGGGAGAUGAUAAUGUGGAAUCUAUAGCAAACAAUGAACAAUCCCCAUUGGCAUGUGAUUUAGCUGAGGCGGAUGUUGGUGUGAUAAAGGUUAAAGGUAACCUUGGAGACAGAGAAAUGGAAACAGAAUCGGACAGACAUCUGGUUGAAAAUGAUUUGUCCUGCAGAACAAGGGGAGAUAAUUAUGCAGAGGAAAAUAUCCCUAUGGUUGAAUCAGCUAGAGAUUUGGUUGAGGCAGAUUCUGAUGUGGUAAGUGAGUCUGUCGAAGCAGAUUCCGAUAUGGUCAGUGGAAAUCAGGCCAUAACUGACCAGGACUUGCCAGAGAGCAGUCUAGAGAGGUCAAGUCUCCCAGCAGGGGCAUGCAAGGAAGCAAAUAAUGAAGAGGUAGAGGAAGCGGUCAGUGUACAGGGAGAUGUGACUAAAGGUGCCAGUAAUGUUCUUUUGGAGGAUGAAUUGGGUAGUGUCCAUGACAAACAAUUACUCAAUGUUAAAAAGAAGCUUGAGCGUGGUGAAAGCGGAGAGUCUUGGGAGCCAGAAUGUGAUCAAGACUCCGAUGAAGUGCGCGGGUCUACAGAACCAUCUGAUUCUCAUAGUCAGCCAAAUGAUUGUGAAAGUGUGAGCCAAGGAACUAGUAAUAUAAAUCAGGGACCAUCAAAUAAUUGUGUGAUAUCUAAAUCUCUUGUGACUGUGGAUAGUAUAGAAUCGGAUGGGACUGUAGAAACUUCAAAUCACCAAUCUGUGUCUGUGUGUCCACAAAAUCAAUAUUCUAGUCAAAAUGAAAUCGGGUCAACAAGUUUCAACAGCACUGUGUCAAACUUUUCUGAGACUCCUGGCAAUGGAGACUGUACAGCUAGUCAGGGAUUAGAAAAUGGUAGUACCCAAUGCUCUACAAAUAGGGGAAGUAACUCUGUGUCUGAAGGUACUGUAGAUACAGACACCGAUAAUUCCAUAUGUAUUAUAGCUGACAUCAAUGAAAAACAUUCCGGUAAGGAUUCUCAGGCCUUGAACAGUGAUAAAGACUCAAAUACAGACUCAGCUUGUAGAAUUGUUGACAAACAUGAGGAGGAUGACUCGAACAAUAAAGUCAAGGGAGAUAAUUCAAAUACAUGUGGUAAGGAUGCUAAUUCGAACCUUAGUCCAAAUAAAAACAAACAGUUUAAUAAAGCGCCACAACAAAACUGUGAUAUAGUUCAACCACAUUUGCAUGGCCAGCUAGGUUCAGUAGAUGAUGAUCUUUUAGAUGAGCUGGAAUCAGAAUUGACCAAUCAGAAUCCAGAAGGGUCGACCGUUAGAGACCCAGAUUUGACAUUAACUGUAGACAGUGAAAGUGGAGAUGCCACCCCAACGGGUCGAAGAAGUCCGGUGCCUCCUAACGGUUUUGUCCAUAUGGACGUCCACUCGAAGCUGGUACAGAAGUUACAGGCCUUACAGCUAGAAAUAAAGCGAUCGAAAGCAGACCUACAGAAAGAACAACAGGAAAGCUACAGAUGGAAGAGCCAUGCGGAGGAUUGCGAGGACCAGAUGGGAACAGCUAUAAAAGAGAGGGACUCCUACCUCCGUGAACUCAAAACUGCUAAGGAACACAAUGCUGAUGAACUUUAUAUCCCUCAGAUCAAAGAGCUGGAGUUUACAAUAGCACAACAGCAGAACGAUGUACGUGGUCUGAGAGACAAACUUGCUAGUCACGAUGCAGCAGCCAAGAAGUGUAUAGCUGGUCUUCAGACGGAGAUGAAGCACCGAGUGGACCAGGUGACUAAGAUGUAUGAAGAGGCAAACAGAGACAAGGCCGACAUGGUAGUUAAGUAUGCCCAGGCGGAGAAAAACUUCAUGGGGGCCCACAAGGCCGUAGAGAGACUAGAGGUCAAGGUCAGAGAGAUUACGCGGGAGAGGGAUGGUCUCAACAACAAAGUCAAAGAAGCGAAAACGGAGAGAAAACGUCUGCAGACCGAGAUUGAUGGCAAAACAUCCGAGGUGCACAGUAUGACAAAGGAGUUGGAGAAAGAGAAAGAAAUGUUGGUGUCAGCAGACGUCCGGAUUAAGUGGGCCCAGAAUAAACUGAAGGCAGAGCUUGAAGCCCACAAGGACACCAAGGUUGUGCUGGACAAAACUCACCAGAAACUAAAGGAAGCCAAGGAGGAAACUGAACAAAUCCGCCGAAACUGUCAGGAGAUUGUCAAAACAUAUCAGGAAUCUGAGGAGAUCAAGUCCAAUAAUCUGGACAACAAACUGAAGAUUAAGGAGAGUGAGUUAUUACACCAACAGCAGCAGAAAUCAAGCCAAGAGGAGGCAUACCAAGCCGCAUGCCAGGAGAUCGAACAGUUGAAGCGGAAACAGUCUGAGCUUAUAGCAGAGCUUGGGACAUUCCACGACAAAAGUACCCGUAUGGAGACUGAGCUCCAUCAGAACGAGGAUACUAUGAACAAGUACACAGCCAUGCUACAGAGACAGAAGAAGGAAAACAAAGAACUGCAAACACGGAUAGAACAGCUGGUACCACUACAGAGUGACUUAAAGAGGGCCCAGACCACAAUAAAGUCCUUAGAUGCUGAGAUUGCUGAACUGAAAAUCAGUAACAAAGAUCUGAAGAUUGAAAGUGAGGCUUGCUACAAACGGGAGACGGAGAAACUUGAACUUACUGAGAAACUUAGUGCCAAAAAUGCUGAAUUACAAUCGGAGAACACUCUACUUCAGAAUAAGUGUCUUAAUCUGUCAAGUGAAGUACAAAGUCUGAGAGUGGAAGUUCAGUCUCUCGAGUCAAAGGUCAAGGAAUUGACAACUGACCUGGAGGAAGAGCGACGCCUUAGGCAAGUGGAGGUAACUCAUCUUACAACAAGCCUCGCAGAAAAGACAAAAGCUGCCGAUGAAAUGUCGCAGAGGAUUGAAGAUGAAAAAGACGAAAUCAAAACUUUAAAGAGGAAACAUACUAAUAAUGUGAAGGACCUGACUCGGCAGCUUCAACAGGCUAAGAAGCGGUUGGAGGCAGUAGAGAUGAAUGGAGAACGAGAUACAACCAGUAUGGGGUCACGGACUAGUUCUAAUGGCUCCCUCAACACCAUGGCAGACACCCAGAACGGGGCCAUGACACCUAAUAUACAGGGAGUCCCAGCUGUGCGACACUACAGCCCUCAGGAACAGGAAUAUCCAGUAAUUACUGAGCAGGUGGAGCCAGACCGACAACUCCUUAUUGAAAGAAUCGUCAAAUUACAGCGAUCUCAUGCUCGUAAAAAUGAAAAGAUAGAGUUCAUGGACGAUCACAUCUCGCAGCUUAUUGACGAAAUACACAGGAAGAAUAAGAUAAUUCAGAGUUAUGCCCUACGAGAGGAAUCGGGGACAUUGACGCCGGAAGCUGUGGAUGUUCACAAGAUCGACAGCAGACGCCAGUCAAUCCAGGCAAAGAUAUCAAAGAAACACAGCAUCAUGGGAUCCCUGUACAGCUCGCACCAAAACGACGGGACCAUGACACUGGACCUGUCACUCGAGAUCAACAAAAAACUGCAGGCUGUCUUAGAAGACACCUUACUGAAGAACAUUACGCUUAAGGAAAGCCUUGAUACACUUGGAGAAGAAAUUUCCAGACUCUCACAGGAAAAUAGACAAUUGCAACUCUCAACACAGUCAAGGAAAAAACCAGCCCGGUGACGGAUCGACAGAGGUUGUGUGAGUUGUGAUCUGUUUACCUUGAGAUCAAGUUGAAGGGUCAAGGUCACCAUCGUAUGUCCUUCACUGACGCAGGCCUUCUGUGCUAUAUGUAGUUUCAACUACAGAAAUGGUUGUGCUAUCAUUGUUUGACCAUAACUGUGAACAACAAAGAGGAAAGGAACGUUUCUCUGCUUUGUAUGGACUUGCCCAACUGACUUUAUGGCAAGAGUGGCUCUGUAUCCUCCGGCUACUUAGGAAAUGUCAGCUCAAGGUCAAAUGUGAUGAUCGUUCGGAACUGAACGUAGGUCAGUGUCGACCAGUCAUGGUCAAAAGACUGCCAACUGCUGGUCAAUUUGGGUAAAAUGCUGGACAGCAAUAAAAUUAACAUGACAAGCAGAAGUCUAACUGAUGUACGACUGUGCACAAUUCAGGGCAAGAAAAAACCCAGGUCUGAUGGAUUUAGACCAGUAGAUUUGGUCGGAGGGGGGGGGGUGUGUGUUGUUAAGUAAGUAUUAGUGACUACUUGCCCGAUAGACAGGUGUAAAUUUGCUUGUAAUUUGACCUUUUCCUUUGAAUACAUUAACUUUGACACGCUUGCCCAAUGUACCAGAGAUGUUGAAAUUUUGUUUCUUGUUCUGCAUAUGUAGCGGAUGUAAGCACUGUGAUUGGUUGUUGACAGAAUCCAUGUUUAAAGUUGAACUUUAACCUCUGUAAUAGAAACAGUAGUUAUGUAUGUUUGUCAGUAAACAUAUAAUGUAUAUUAUUAUAUUGUAAUUAUUGACAUAAAAUAUUCAAUGGUUGAUGAUCAACAAUACUUAAGUCAGACUUAUAAGAUGGUCAGUAGAUAUUUUGUGAUAGACUAUCAGGAUGCUCAUCUUGCAGCUGAAUGGCUGUAAGGCCAUAAUAGCGCACGUAAAACCUGUUGAAUAAAUAAAAAUAUCAGGAUGGUCAUCAGAUUUUAUAAACAUUAUGAAGUGUUACAUGGUCAAUAUAACACAGGACAGUCUGUUCAGACUCUGAACUGACCGCUGUCUCAACGCUAUUGGUGUCUUAACUAAACAAGAGGAUUUGUAAAAAUGUUAUGAAAAUCUGACCAGGUGUUCCAAAAGCAUAAGUGUCUCCUACUCCGUUGAUGACACAUCCAUGUUUAUAUCAAGGUCAAGUUCAGACAAUUUAAUGAGUUGGUUCAAGCAAAGACAAAAAGAAAAAACAAAAAUUUGACUAUAGUCUAGCUGUGAUAGAGGUGUCUUGUUGAGGCAGUACACUGUGUUGAUGAAUGUUCUGUAUAUCAUCAGGAAAAGUCACCCAUGUUAUAUAUUAAAGCUCACUAUUAUAUAAUAAGAUUCAGUCUGACUUACUCAAUGUUUUAUAGUUAGAGUGUAUACUUUUGGGAAAUCAGUAGUCUAGUGCUGUAACAAGUGCAAACUGUAGACAAGUAGAUAAUUAGUGAAUGUAAGCUAAAAAAUCACAAACAAUUCAAAGAUAAAAAGACCAGCUGUCCUAGAAAUGUCUGGUUGAGACAGAUUAUACUGUGUUGAUGAAUGUUCUAUACCAUCAGGAAAAGACACUUAUGUUAGACUUAUAUUACAGGUCAUUAUAAGAUUCAGUCUGAUUUGAUGUUUACGAUAUGUAUACUUUUGGGAAUUCAGUAUUCUAGUGCUGUAACAAGCCAACUGCACAUUAGUAGAUUGAAUUGUAGAUCUAUAUAAGUGAAUGUAAACUAAAAAAAUAAUUUAUACUGGAAUUUUUCACUUAUUCUCAGAAAUAGUGAAUUCUAGUCCAGCAUCACAUAGAUACUAUGUAUGUACGGUGGCCAUGGGUGUGUUGAUUACAUUAAAAAUAUACAGAGAAAAACAAUCUUCAAAAAUUUGAUCUGAGCUAUAAGGGAGUUCAGAAUCAUAUAUUAUUGAUCAUAUAUAUAUCUACAAGAUUAGCUAUGUAUAUAUUUCUUGCUUUAGGGAAAAUGUGCACAUUGGAUGUUGUCAAAAAUAUGAAGAAAAAAAAUCAUAUUAACCUAUAUAGCUAUUUAUAUACAAAAUCAUAUUGCUAAAUUUCAUUUAUUAUUAUCAUAGUAAAGAUGGCUGUGAACACUAUUUAUUUUUAUUUGCACAUUGUUGAUUACCAGGUAUUAAUUAUAGAUCAUUUACCAAUUCAUGCAUACUGGAAGCUGUUUAGAAGAUUUAAAUAAUCUGAAUGAUUAAGUUUGUAUUUAUUUACAAAAUCUCAAGGAAUUUUGACAGUUUUACACAUUUAAACCACCACAUAGCAUUCACUGCAGCAUGAGUUUAAAAAAACAGAUUUAUCACAUUUUAAAGAUCACUGAUGAACAUGGUAAAAAUCUGUCAGUCUUCUAGAGAUUGUUGUUUAAUUCCAAAAAAUACAUUGAUUCAUGAACAUAUCUGAGAUUAUUACUGUGGGAGUUGUUAUUAUUGUUGAUAUACUGAGUAUAGAAAUACUAGAGUUUAUGUAACAUUUGACAAUCAGAUAUAAAAAAUGUGAUUUUUUAAAAAAUUUUAUUUGUAGUGUUAGGCACAAAAGUAUGUGAAUUUUCUCUCUAUCCAGUCUUAGUGUUAGACACACAAGUAAGUGAAUUUUCUCUAUAUCCACUCUAAGUGUUAGACACACAAUUAUGUGAAUUUUCUCUAUAUCCACUCUAAGUGUUAGACACACAAUUAUGUGAAUUUUCUCUAUAUCCACUCUAAGUGUUAGACACACAAUUAUGUGAAUUUUCUCUCUAUCCAGUCUUAGUGUUAGACACACAAGUAAGUGAAUUUUCUCUAUAUCCACUUUUAACGUUAGACACAUAAAUAUGUGAAUUUCUCCCUCCUCUAUCCACUCUAGUGUUAGACAGAUAAAUAUGUGAAUUUUCUCUCUAUUCACUCUUAGUGUUAGACACACAAGUUUGUGAAUUUUCUCUCUACCCACUCUAAGUGUUAGACACACAUGUUUGUGAAUUUUUUCUCUAAGUGUUAGACACACAAUUAUGUGAAUUUUCUCCCUCCUCUGUCCACUCUGAGUGUUAGACUCACAAGUAUGUGAAUUUUCUCUCUAUCCACAUAUUGUUAUUUGUAGUGGGCUCAUUUGAGGAUAAAUACGGUACAUGUUCUAAAAUUUUAACACUAGGAAAGGGGGCAUAUCUGAGGAUAAAUAUUGUAUUUAACAUAAAUGUUAAGGGAGAAAUGGGAUUUAUUUCCACAAUUGUAACAAGAAUCUCAUUUGAUAACUAAUAUGAUAUAAAGGUGUUAGAUAUGUACAUUAUAAAAGAUGGAGAUGUACAUUAUAAAAGAUGGAGAUGUACAUUAUAAAAGAUGUACAUUAUAAAAGAGGGAGAUGUACAUUAUAAAAGAUGUACAUUAUAAAAGAUGGAGAUGUACAUUAUAAAAGAUGUACAUUAUAAAAGAUGUACAUUAUACAAAGCUGUACAUUUGUAAGUGAAGUGGGACCAUCCAAUAGUAUGUUUACUUAAUUAUUGUUUAUAAAAUUUCAAUAAUUUCAACUUAAGAAUGAUAUUCAAUGAAUAACUAGUUUUCUGAUAAUUUAAAAAUUUAGAAGAAAGUUCUAUUCCGAUUGGUGACCUAUUAAAAAGUAUUAUGGGUUAAAUGUGUUUGAAUAUGUAAUUUAUAAACUUGUUGUAAAUGUUUGUUUAAAAUCUGUUAUUCAAUAAGGUUUUCAGCUCCCCGGAGAUAAAGUCCAGUGGAGUUAUAGGCUUAUAGCUAUAUACCCUAGUUGGUGUCUGCCAUGGACAGCGAGGUUAAAGUUUUAUAAAACAGUGUUGUGUCAGCCACGGACAGCGAGGUUAAAGUUUUAUAAAACAGUGUUGUGUCAGCCAUGGACAGCAAGGUUAAAGUUUUAUAAAACAGUGUCGUGUCAAUACUAAUGAGGAUACCGCUUAAGUAUUUGACGUGUUUUUCCCUUUUGACAAGACCUUUGAUUUUCCAUUGGUACAAUUGCGGAUAUGCUGACCUUGACCAUGACCUUUGACCUACUUCAAAAAAAUUUUAAGCUGGCCACAGUAUGUUUACUAUGUACAAGAUAGGGGUUUCAUAUUUGAUAGGUGUGUUCCUUGUGACAAGACCUUUCAAUUGGUACUACAUUUUCAACCUGCUGACCUUGACUGUGGCCUUUGACCUACUUUUAAAAAACUAAUUCAGGAUUUCAACCCACUCGGCAAGUUAUGUCGUCUUCUGACAACUCUUAUUUAAGAAAUAUUAUCAGAAUCACAUUUCAGAAAAAUGAGUUUACUUUUUAAUAGUAUUGAGUUGACUAAUUUUCUGUGCAUGUCUGCAUCCAUAGAGCAAUAAUAGAUAAUACAAAAUUAUUUUCUUAAUAAAAGUUUGAUAAUAUUAAUUCAUGUGGUGUAGUUUGGCCAGUUGAUAUCUCCAUUCCCUUCAGAACUUUCUUUGUUACGCUUCAAAUGGUAUAGAGAUCUUUGCUUUUAGAAAACUUCUGCAGAAAUAUGAAAUGUUUAAUUUCAUCAUACAUUCAUUUUUGUUGUAAGUGGAUAAUUCCAGCGGCCUCUUUUUCUGACUUAAGUUGUGAGCUUUGACUGGGUCAGGAAAAGGAAAGUAAAAUGUGAUGCAGAAAUUGCAUUCCUCUGUCAAAUGGUGAUAUAGUUUGAUGUGAUCUAACUGUUCCAUGUAUAUACAAGUAUAUUGUUGAUAUUGCUACGAAGGAGAUGUAUAUAUAUAUAUAAUAUAUAUAUGUGUGUGUGUAUCACUAUUGUCAAACUUUGACCUUUGUUAUCUUCAUACUCUCUGUAAUCAAAUAUGAUUUGAUUUUGAUGUCUAAAUGUGGGUUUCGACUUUUGAUAUUGUUAGGUAUUUUUUUGUUUUGUUCUGGAACGUACUGAAUGUUACAACUGUGGACAAGGUUGUGGACGAGGACCCUGGAAUUCUUUCUGUAAAUAUUCACCUUAGGUUUUUUAAUCUUUUGAAAAGUGGCCUUUUUGUCUCAAUUUUGGGAGAAAAUUGGUAAAUUAAGAAUUGCAGCUAAUUUUCAGGAGUAAACAGAAAAGAAAAAAAGAAUUAACUUUAAACCACUUUAGUUUAGAAUGGACUAAUUAUCAGCCCCAAUUAAAAUGCUCCCAUGAAAAGCUCCCCAUCACUGUAACCUGCAGUAUACAACGUUGUAGUGCUAAUUUUUACGCCGUAACUAUUAGUUAUUAUAUGUUUUGUAUAAGGUAAUAAUCAUUGUAAUAUACCAACACAUGUGUAAUGACAAUGUUGUAUAGGUUCUUAUUGUUUCAUAUACAUGAAUUAUAAUUUCAUGUCAUCACACGCAUUGUGACCUCACCAAAAACAAUGAAUAAAAAUGUCACCGUUUUAGAUCUAAUAUCAGGUUGAUAAAAUAAGGCUUUCAUGAAAGUUAAGAAUUUAAUAAAGUCAUUUAAUUUGAUAAACAGAAUCUUGCAUUUGUUUUCAUGUCAUUCAAGAAUUAUGAAACACAAAUUUUUUUUCAAUAAAUUUUACCACAGGAACUCUGCAUAUAUAAAUCGUAUUUGAAAUAAAGGUUCACUUGAGAUUCUAGAUGUAUAAGAAUGAAAUGCUUGAAUGUGAUAUUUUGUCAAAAUAGAUGUAAUAAUAUAUAAUAGAUAUUACACUGUACAUGUUAGAAGUUGUCAUACUGGUUACAGAAGUAACCAAAUAAAAGGUCAAAGUGCAGGACCCAUGUGACUUACUGCAUGACCUGUGUUGCCAUGGCAAUGUAAACAUACAUGACUUAGCUGUGUUGCCAUGGUGAUAAACAGAUCCUAAACGUCGGGUCCUGACACAUUUCUUCAUUUUAUAUUUUGUUUUACCCCGAUUGUAAUUUGUAUCAGAGUUAAGGCAUAUCUGUCAGAGAACUUUAUGAAAUUGAUCAUUUUGUAAUAUUUUGUUUGCUUCUUGCAAGCUAAUUUUUUUUCGCCCAGAAAGUUUUGUUCCCUGACAAACUUACGUUAUCGACAAUUUUUUUGUUCCCGGACAAAAUAUAGUGUGUAAUGUUCAACAUCAUUCAUUGACAAACUAAUGUUCAUGGACAAACUAAUGUUCAUAUAAAAUUGGCUGUACGUUCAAAGAUAUUCACCAACAUAUGUUCAUGUGAUUUAGUCAGCUUCCUAUGUAGUGUUCACAUAUCAAAAACCUCAAGUGUGGGUACACACUCUAUUAGCCUGAGUUUCCUCUGACCCUCACACCCAGUCUGGCGUUAGUUAGAACUAGAGGAAACUCAGGCUAACAACUAGUCUUAAUUGUCUGCCCAGUCAUGGUACAUGUAGAUUGGUUGUAAGUGAAUUGUUUUGAUUUUGAUAAAAUUGCGUCAAUUGAAACAAAGAUGAUUUUGAAAAAAUCGUAUUAAUAAAACAGUAUGCCCUGUCUGUAUAGGCCUUGUAAGGGUAAAGUACUCGGGUCCCUGAUUCAUCGAGGUUCAUGAAAUUAAGAAAAUUUCUUCACUUCAAAUUUUCUAUUGGAGAGCUUUGUAGGAGUUAAGAAAAACAAUUUUACUUUAGAAAGACCUUCCUAUGGGAAAUGUUAAUUUUCUUAGUUUAGAAAUGCUUUCCUAUGGGAAAUGUUAAUUUUCUUAGUAAGGAAUGCUUUCCUAUGGGAAAUGUUAAUUUUCUUAGUUUAGAAAUGCUUUCCUAUGGGAAAUUUUAAGUUAAGGAACUUCCUUCAGUAAAGAAUGUUGCUGAACCUUGAAUUAAAGAUAGUUAAAACUUGGUAUGACUGUAUGACUGUACCUGAUGGAGUUUAUUCUACAGACUAUAAAUUUCAUCCUCUAACCAUCUGUCUUAUUAAGGACACAUCUUCAUGUUGGAAUUCCCAUCAGGUUUACUUUGGAGAAUUCUCGAGUAUUGUCUGGAUGAUAAAAACUUUUGAAUACUGAACUUUUGUUUUACAUGUAACAUUAAUUGAAUUUUAAAGCUAAAAUUACAUGUACAUUUUUUUUUUGUAUAUCAAUUCAAAAGAUCAUCUGAUUUAGAAUAUAAAAUCAUUAGAUGUUAUUAACCAUCAUUUUGAAAAAUAUUUGGGAUGUAACUAACAGCUUGGCCACAUUUAUACUUCUUGUUGUAGUGAUGAAGAAAACAGCUAUGAUAUUAGAUAAUAGAAAUGGUAAUAGAUAUUCUAUGAUUUUAAAAAAGAUUGAUUCACCCUAGAAAUCCAUACAAGUCGUCGGGAACAUAACAAAAAGAAAAAUAGAUAUGUGAUUGUGACACCUCAUUGUUUUAAAAAUAUAUAUUGAUAUCAAUUUUUAGUAUAUAACGAUAUUACCACUAGCUAUAGAGGGAAAUACAUAUGAUUUAUUGAUAACGGUCUAAUGUAUGGUGUCAUCAGAUGCAUGGAAAGAAAGGCUGUAUCAUACAGUCGAUAUAUAAAUUAUUGAUACAUUUUUUUUUUUUUUUUGUUGUAAAUUUCUAUUUUUAACAAAAUGCUUACGUAUAUGCAUUAUAAUCUGUUGAAUUCCAGUCACAAAAAUAAAGAAACUGCCAAUUGGCAGGUAUAUCUCGUUGACACAUGCGUUAUUCAUUUAUUGUCAGAGGUAUGAAUAAUACAUAUCGCUGCUGGUGAUUAUGGAACAGAUAAGCUUAAUAAUUGUUUAAAAAUAAUUUGAAAUUUAUUUAUGAUAAUAAUUUUAUUACAUCAUGAUAUGUUUGUCUAUGCAAUUAAUGAUGAUUUUUAUGCUUUGACAAACCUGUCUUCUGCUCUUUCCUACCAUAACAGUUGUGAGUAUUGUUAUUUAUUGUGGAGUUGUGGCCCCUUGUUUUCUCUCACAAGAGGGAUAAGUGUUGGACUGGAUUAUCUGUUUUUGUACCAUUUUCUCUGUUAGGCUGCAUUGUUUUUUCGAAUCAAAGCCAAAUGGAAAGUAGACUAGCGCAGAUGAUUAUAAUGAAGUCUACAUAAAUGUAUUAGUAACGCCCUCUAGUGGUUAGUUUAUGUAAAGAAGGGAGAUAACUCUAGUAAACCGGCGUAGUGUAAUUGAAAUAGGAUAUUGUAAUGUGGGAUUCCAUUGUUGUUAUUAUCAUACACAGCUGUUACUAAUGACAGCUGAUCAGUGCAAUUAUUUUAUUUAUGAGUUAGGGUGUGACUGUUCACAUCAGUCGUGGAACAUGUGGUUACAUGUAAUAAACAGGAAUUACAAAACGUA